UUGCCUCGCCUCAAGCUCGUCUCAUUGCUCAGGCUGCUCGUCUUCCUGCCUGGCGCCACCUGUCGCUCCUUGUGCUAGCCAACCGGAUCGCCAGACGGCAGAUCCGCGCUGGUGCUGUCUCGAGACUCGACUGUUCAGGUUCGGUUUGAGACUUUGUCCACUUCCACUUGGUGUUUCUUCAAUGUUAGCGCUGACCGUGGCUCUCGUCGUUGUCUCCUUGCCUGGCGGGCGGGAUGAGAUAAGACAUGCGUUCAAACGCCGCGAGACCAACCAGGACACACCCAUCACCCACAACGGUCGUAUUGUGACUAUUGUCGGGGUCUCGGGAAUCGUUGGAACUGGAGACGCAACUACCUUACUCGAUAUGCAUGGCUCAAACAACGCGAGAACCAACAGGAACGACUCUAGCAUCGUUGCAUCGCUACCUUGCAGGAAAGUACCGUACCGCUUCGGUGACCACCACCACGACGCACAAAUGCUCCAGGCCGAUACUUCUCCGGCCUUUUCAACCAUGGCCUAUUCUCGUGUCACACUCUCAUCCCAAUCCAGACGUCUUUGCCAUGUGUGCACGUCUCAGGCAACCACUCGUCCAAACGAAGUUUCUCCUCACUUCCUCCUGCUAUGCGCCUAUCCAAGGGCACGAACCAUCUAUCAAGAGAAACGACUUGACUGCCCAGACUUUACAUGUGGUUCUGUUGAUGCCCCAAGCCUUCACAAGUCACUUAAUAGCCCCUGUCCGGUGUCAAUGAAACCUCUUGACAUCACCAACUCUGGUCUCGAAUCGCGCACACACCCCACUCGAAAUCUCUCUGAGGCAGAAGGGGCCAAGAAGUGAAGCUCAAAAGACCAAGGCAGAGAGAGCUGUUCACUGUGCCUGGCAGCAACAGCAACCAUCGACGGCGCAACCCACUCCACUAACGCCUCCGAGACACAUGUCUCGCUGGCCAGCCCCCCAUGCAAGUGUCAU